GUAGCCGAGAGACUGCUUUCACCUACGCCGUCAGUGCUGCCGGGGUGGUGAACGCCAUCAGCCGGGCUUGCCGUGAAGGAGAGCUCUUGACCGCCCGGCCCAAGGACUUGCCCCGCGACUGGCUGUGGGGUGGCUGCGGGGAUAACGUGGAGUAUGGGUAUCGUUUUGCCAAGGAAUUUGUGGAUGCCAAGGAGAGGGAGAAGAACUACGUGAGAGGUUCAGAGGAGCAGGCGCGCAUGCUGAUGAACUUGCAGAACAAUGAGGCUGGUCGCAGGGCCGUGUACAAGCUGGCGGACGUGGCCUGCAAGUGCCACGGUGUGUCAGGCUCCUGCAGCCUCAAGACCUGCUGGCUGCAGCUGGCUGACUUCCGCAAGGUGGGCGACCUGCUGAAGGAGAAGUACGACAGCGCCGCUGCCAUGAGGAUCAGCCGCAAGGGCAAGCUGGAGCUGGUGAACAACCGUUUCAACAUGCCGACACAAGAGGACCUGGUCUACGUUGACCCCAGCCCGGACUAUUGCCUGCGCAAUGAGACCACUGGCUCACUGGGCACUCAGGGCCGACUGUGCAACAAGACCUCGGAGGGCAUGGAUGGGUGUGAGCUGAUGUGCUGCGGACGGGGUUAUGACCAGUUCAAGAGCGUCCAGGUGGAGCGUUGCCACUGCAAGUUCCAUUGGUGCUGUUAUGUCAAGUGUAAAAAGUGCACAGAGAUCGUCGACCAGUACGUCUGUAAAUGAAAAGAGCCACCAAAGCAACAAAUCUA